AUGGAUAUUUUUAGAUUAUUGACUCGAGGUGCUUCAGUUAAGAAGAAUGGGAAAGAAGUUGAUUUUGCACACAAGCAAAAUAAGCAAAAUAAGCAAUCAGGGAGUAGGAAUGUAGAUAAUACUGCCCAGAUAACAAAAGAGUUGGAUUUUUUUCGUAAUAAGAAGAUUCUGCGUAAUGUUGAAUCUAAAUCUGCCGCUGAGGAUCAAAAUAUGUCCGAGAAUGAGGUUGAUGAGGACCAUCUAGAGGAUGAUAUGGUUCCAAACCUUAAAAUAAAAACUUUGGAAGAUGCGACCAAGUUGAGAAAUUCCUAUAAGGCGAAAGUAUCAGGUUCGGAUAUUCCAUUGCCCAUUGGCUCUUUUGAGGAUCUGAUUACGAGAUUUAAGCUGGACAAGCGGUUGUUGAAUAACUUAAUAGAGAACAACUUUACAGAGCCUACACCUAUACAGUGCGAGGCCAUCCCUAUAUGCCUUGGGCAGCGUGAUAUUGUUGCGUGUGCUCCAACCGGUACUGGUAAGACGCUAGCCUUUUUGGUCCCUCUAUUGCAACAAAUUAUAAUGGAAGGUGAAUCGAGUUCUGGUGUAAGAGGUCUUAUUAUCUCACCUACAAAGGAACUGGCUAACCAAAUAUUUACCGAAUGCUCGAACUUAUCGCGCAAGAUCUUCUUGGCUAAGAAACGUCCACUAAAUAUUGCAUUGUUAUCCAAGUCUCUAAGCUCUAAACUGAGAAAUAAAGUUGUCAAUGAAAACAAGUACGACAUCAUCAUUUCUACACCUCUAAGACUCAUCGAGGUUGUGAAGCAGGAGUCGCUAGAUUUGCGUCAUGUAAAGCAUUUAAUAUUUGAUGAAGCAGAUAAGCUUUUCGACAAGACAUUUUUGGAGCAGACUGAUGACAUCUUAAGCUCAUGUAGCAACGCAAACUUGACGAAGGCCAUGUUUUCGGCAACAAUACCAUCUACAGUUGAAGAUAUAGCUCAGACUAUUAUGUUGGACCCAAUUAGAGUCAUCAUAGGGCAUAAGGAAGCCGCAAAUAGCAACAUUGAACAGAAAAUAGUGUUUUGCGGCAAUGAAGAAGGUAAGCUCGUUGCUAUUAGACAGCUUCUACAAGAAGGAGAAUUCCGGCCGCCUGUCAUAAUAUUUUUGGAGUCUAUUACAAGAGCUAAGGCCUUGUUCCAUGAGUUGGUAUACGAUAAGCUUAAUGUCGAUGUGAUACAUGCUGAAAGAACACAAAUGCAGAGGAAUAAGAUUAUUGAAAGAUUCAAGUCCGGUGAACUAUGGUGCCUAAUAUGCACCGACGUUUUAGCUCGAGGUGUUGAUUUCAAGGCUGUUAAUUUGGUCAUCAACUAUGACGUUCCAAGAUCUGCCCAAGCAUACGUUCACAGAAUAGGUAGAACUGGUAGAGCAGGGCGUUCUGGUAAGGCCAUCACCUUCUUUACGAAACAGGAUGUGGUAGCAAUAAAACCAAUUGUGAACGUUAUGAAGCAAAGCAAUUGCGAAGUGGCAGAAUGGAUGGAUAAGGCCUCAAAAAUUACAAGCAAGGAAAAGGAAAUGCUCAAAAAGGGCCAUGCCUUUAAAGAUAGAAAGCAAAUCAGUACUGUACCAAAAAUCGUAAAGCAGAAGAGACAACAGAGGAAAGAGAUGAUUACCGCAUCAAAAAAGCGAAAACUCGCUCAAGAGGCUGGGACAACACAAACUUCAGAUGACUAA